AUGUAUUCAGACAACAUUGACAUCAAGUCACUGGGUCUGCGACAUUUCAUAAGAGUUGUGUUGAAGGCCAUUAGAACAGCUGCACUUGAGGCAGAGAAACCUGUGGUAUUGUGCACCUACACAUCAUAUGCUGAUGGUAAAGCACAGGCUGAGCGGAAUCUGCCAUACCAUUUCCUUGCUGAAUUGAAAAACUAUCCCAGGUCAGAUGAAGAACAGGGCAAUGAAGCACCCGGACCCAGCAAUCAAAUCACACCUGUUGGCAAGCGGACAGAAAUUUAUUUGCUUGAUGGGCUGCCGUCACUGUCAGUACCAAGGACAUUUGCUUGUCUAAGAGAAGGACAAACUAUUGAAACUCUCUGUGAACAGCAGGGUCAUGGUCAACACUGGGUUUUCCGAACGAUGAACCCAAAUUAUGUGAGAUUGGAGGUUAAAAAGAUGAAUGUCUUUGAUAUUGGGCCAGGUUGUGGAAAACGAAACCAUCUGUCAAGUCAAAGUAACGGCUUGAAUCCUACUGAGAUGAUGGGUGACUUGGUUAUCUGCACACCAACAGUACAUGGCUUUUCCCUAAAUGAAAAGCUAUGGGGUGACAUCCAUGCUCGUGACAUAUCAUCAAAUCUCUUACUGAAAGCCCUGUCAGCGCCACAAAUGGAGAAAGCUUUAACAGUGUUAUUGCAGAAAAGGUUCUCAUCCGGCGACUUAAGUGCAAUAGCUGAGGAAUUGGAAGUCCAGCUCACUCGUACGUUCCGCAUUGCAAAUGACUGGAGGCGGUUCUGCUGCUGGACGAGGCUGAUGUAUAUCUGCAACAAUGAGAUGCGGAACUUUUUCCUCACCACCGGUCGACUCAACGAUUUCGACGAAGCAAUCCUUGAUCGAAUCCAUCUAAAACUCCGGUAUGAUUACUUGGAUCCGUCCGCUCGCCAUAGUGUUUUCAACCAGUUUCUCGGUGAAGCAAAGGCGGAAUUUGCGGAAGAAGAUAUUUGUAAAUUUGCUGAAAUGAGUCUGAAUGGUCGUCAGAUCAAGAACCUUGUGAGAAUUGCCCAUAAUGUUGACAACGCUGAUGGGGCCAAAUUGUACGCAAGUCAUGUUCGUACAGCUCUAACAGCAAACGGCUAA